AUGGAAUCAUUUCUACCAGUUGAUCCUUUAAGCCAUUUCCCGAUUCAAAAUAUUCCAUUUGGUGCUGGAAUUUUUUCUGAUUCAACUGAGCCUAGAUGUGUAAGCCGUAUAGGUGAUUUUAUUAUCGAUUUAAAGGCUUUAGAAGAAAAAGGCGUUUUUUCAGGGCUUUCCCUUGAAUAGCUCGAUAACGGGCUGGCUCAUCCCGCUAUCGGGCUAUUCAAGGGAAAGCCCUAUAUUUCAUCUAAACCUUUAUUUUCAGAUCCAGCUCUCAACACUUUUAUGGCCGAGCCUAAAAACAUAUGGAGAUUGGUUCGGGAAAGAAUUCAAAGUAUAUUUGUUUCAACAAACUCAACUUAUAAAGAUGAUUUAGCGCUGCUUGAAGAAGUCACUAAGCGUAUUAGCCAAUUCAAAAGCACAAUUCCAGUUAGAAUUAAUGGCUACACUGAUUUUGUGUCUUGUAAAAAUCACAUGAUAAACAUGUAUACAAUUUUAGGCAAAAAUCCAGCCGAUAUAGUCAACGAAAACUGGGCCCGAAUGCCUCUGGGGUACCAUGGGAAGAGCUCUUCAAUUGUUGUUUCUGGAACCCCUUUAAUUAGGCCUAAAGGACAAUCUUUCAAUCGUGAAUUAAGCCAGCCCGUUUAUGGUCCGACCCAAAAACUAGACCAUGAAGUUGAGCUCGGAGUUUUUUUAGGUGGAAAACCUAACAAAAAUGGGGAGCCGAUCAGUAUAUCUUCAGCUGAGGAAAAUAUAUUUGGUUAUGUCAUUUUAAAUGACUGGUCAGCCAGAGAAAUAUGUUUAUGGGAAAUGAACCCUUUUGGACUUUUCACAGGAAAAAAUUUCCAAACAACCAUUUCCCCAUGGAUUAUAACUCCAUUCGCUUUGGAGCCUUUCAAAGCUCCCUUUGAGCCACAAGAUCCAAUUCCUGUUGAAUAUUUACAAGAGCCAAAUCAUGCAGGCUAUGACAUUAAUUUUGAAACUUUUAUUAAGACUGAGUCUUUAAGCGAACCUUUCAAGAUUUCAAGAUCAAAUAUGUGCGAUCUAUAUUGGUCACCAUCUCAACAACUAGCUCAUCUAACGGUCUCUGGUGCUAAUAUUGAGGUGGGAGAAAUAUAUGGAAGUGGAGCUAUUGCUUCAAAAGAUAAUAUUAAUGGGUGUGCGUGCUUUAUGGAAAUUAAUAAAGGAGGAAGAGUGCCUAUGACUUUGCCAAAUGGUGAAAGUAGAGUAUGGAUUGAAGAUGGAGAUGAAAUAAUCAUUACUGCAAGCUGCCAAGGAAAUGGGUUCGUAGUUGGAUUUGGAGAGGCCAGAGGAAAGGUUCUUCCUUCUAUUUAG